ACAGCUGCUGAUGGCUUUAAUGGCGAAAUAAAAGUGUUAAUUACAACAACAUAAUUAUAUUCGGUGCCGAAACAGGCGCGUUGCUCAUUAUAAAAAAAAAAACAAAUUUAACCAUAGCAACUUGUAGUCAAUCUACUUCUGGAGUGUGAAACAAUUAAUCAUUUUGAUAACUUUCAACUCACGUCAACUGACGUCAGUUUCAACAACGUCAAAUAGAAAAAUCACACAAAUUUCAAAUAUUUUCAACAAUUUAAAACAAAAAGCCUUUUACUUAUCGAUCUCCCAAAAGACUUUCCACCCAGAUCGUAAAAAUGCAAUCACGACAACAACAACAACAGCUUUUCUGGCGCUUUGCAAACCAAUUUCGUGUGCGCCGCCACACUCACAGAGAUCAGGUGAUGGAACGCAUAGGUAAGCGUGAAAUAGUCGGUUAUGGUUGGAAUGGUUCACCCUGUUAUGCUGAUCGUUUGGACUACCCGAUGCCAGCGGUGCGCUUUCGUGAGCCUGACGCUGAAAUGUGUGCGCUCCGCGAAAAGGAAACUGGCGAUUGGCGUAAGCUAACCACCGAUGAGAAGAAACAGCUCUAUCGUUAUAGCUUCUGUAAGACAUUUGCCGAAAUGAAAGCACCCAGCUCCGAUUGGAAAUUUUGUGUAGGUGUCGCUUUAAUCGUUUGCUCACUGGGUGUAUGGCUAUCACUAUCAUAUUUUCAUGGCGUAUACCCUGAAUAUCCAGUAACUUUCGAUGAGAAGCGUCGUAGUGCACAACUUAAACGUAUGAUAGCACUGGAAGUGAAUCCGGUUACUGGACUGGCGUCUAAGUGGGAUUACGAAAAAGAACGUUGGAAGUAGGCAGUGUUGAAUGCAAAAUCAACAAACACAAAACCAUUGAAGCAUUUUUUUUUGUCUGCAAAUGUUACAAGAUAGUAGAAAUAGUAAUAAAGAGAUCUUGUUUGCUCUCUGAAAACAA